AUGAAAAAUAAUCAAUCGAAUAAGGGAGAAAAUUGGGGUUCACUUUCAGAAAAUGAAUUUGAUGCUGUAGUUGAAGUUAAAGUAAUCGACAGGCAGGUGUUGGGCUUGGGUAGUAUUCUCUCUCCCGUCUCCUCUGGCCAUUCCCUUGACACGGCCAACUAUAUCGUCACCACGGGCCUUGGCACACCACAAACAAAGCUCUCCCUCAUUCUCGACACCACCAGCGACCUGACGUGGACUCAAUGCCAACCCUGCGUUGUGGGCUGCCAUAAUCAGACAGGCCCAAUAUUCGACCCGGACAAGUCCACUUCCUACUCCGCCAUCCCCUGCAAUUCCACCUACUGCUCUGCACACACUCCUACAUACCAGAAAGGUGGUUCCUCAACCAACAAAAGCUCCUAUGGCCUCAUAAACGUAUAUGGCUCCGUCACCACCGGAUUCCUCAGCAAAGACAAACUUACCAUAGCACCAAACCAUACUGGAUCAUAUUUCGGGCUUGCCCCUGGAGUUCUGGGGCUGGCAAUAUUGCUACAAACUACGGAGGAACUUUCUCCUACUGCCUCCCUUCCUCUUUCUCCUCCUCCAAAGGCUUUCUCUCCUUUGGAUGCUUUCCAAACACUUUAUCCUGUCAACUCCUCGCAAAUUUGCCUUGCUUUCAGAAGCUUUCCCAGGGAUUAUGCUAUUUUCGCCAACUAUCAGAAGGCCACAUUCGAGGUCAUGUACGACGUUGCAGACCAAAAAGUAGGGUUCCGCCCAAGCAUGUGUACUUGA